CUCUCCCCCCUCUCUCGCUGCUCUCCACGUCAGCCACAAGCGAGCGUCGCCAUCUCGAGAGGGGGCCACGAUUCGCGAGUUCUCUCUCUCACCUCUCAUCUCUCUCUCACCUCUCAUCUCUCUCUCACCUCUCAUCUCAUCUCUCUCUCUGUGUGGAGGCCUUCUCUCUCAUCUCUCUCUCAUCUCGUCUCUCUCCUCUCUCUGCCAGCAGCGCCACGCUUCAAGCGCGUGGACUUCUUCCGCGACCAUGUCGGACCAAGCCCCCUUCGACACGGACGUGGUGACGCUGACCCGCUUCGUGCUGGAAGAGGGCAGGAGGGCCAAGGGCACGGGCGAGAUGACCCAACUCCUCAACGCACUCUGCACCUCCAUCAAGGCCAUCUCGUCGGCCGUGCGCAAGGCCGGCCUCGCAAACCUCUACGGGAUCGCGGGCAGCACGAACACGACGGGCGACCAGGUGAAGAAGCUCGACGUCCUCUCCAACGACCUCGUGGUGAACCUGCUGCGGGCCUCCUUCGCCACCUGCGUUCUCGUGUCCGAGGAGGACCAGGAAGCCAUCAUCAUCGAAGCCGAAAAGCGGGGCAAAUACGUGGUCUGCUUUGACCCUCUGGACGGCUCCUCCAACAUCGACUGCCUGGCCUCCAUUGGGACCAUCUUUGCCAUUUACAAAAAGACGACGGACGAUGAGCCCACGGCGAAACACGCACUGCAGCCCGGCCGCACGCUGGUGGCGGCCGGCUACGCCCUGUACGGCAGCGCCACGCUCCUCACGCUCUCGACGGGACAGGGUGUCAACUGCUUCAUGCUGGACCCGGCCAUCGGAGAGUUCAUCCUCACAGAGAAGAACGUGAGGAUCAAGAAGAAGGGGAAGAUCUACAGCCUCAACGAGGGCUACGCAAAGUACUUUGAGCCAGCCGUCACGGAGUACGUGCAGAAGAAGAAGUUCCCCGAGGAUGGCAGUUCUCCAUACGGCGCUCGCUACGUGGGCUCCAUGGUGGCGGACGUGCACCGCACACUGGUGUACGGCGGCAUCUUCCUCUACCCCGCCAACAGCAAGAGCCCCAAGGGCAAGCUGCGGCUUCUGUACGAGUGCAACCCCAUGGCGUUCAUCAUGGAGCAGGCGGGAGGGAUGGCGACGGACGGGACACGCCACAUCCUGGACAUCCAGCCCGACUCGCUGCACCAGCGCGCGCCCAUCGUGCUCGGCUCGCCAGACGACGUCACCGAGUUCAUGGAGAUCGCGAAGAAGCACGCGGCCAAAUAGAGUGCGGAGGGGGGCGGCUGACAUCGGUGCAUGUGGGGGGCUGAUGGUGGGAGGAGUGGAUGGGGUCCAGGGCUGGGAGAGGUCCAAUCAACCGCAGAGGUGUUCUCUCUACAAGUCUGUAAUUGCAAGUAGCUUUAAAAUGUAAUUGGCGGUUGUAUAAUUUACACACUCGGGGUGGGGGGUGGGGAGAUUACACGAAUCGUACACCAAUCCGGGUCACUCUUGCCAAUGAGACUCUUCUGGUGUCUUGAGUUCUCAUCUGGUUAAAUAAAGUAAACUUGAAACUGAAACAAAAUUGACUUGUGAAGAAAAUAUGAUCGACCCGUUGCGCAGCUGUGAAAAACUUUAUCUUGACGACGAAUCAGAUUUGACUGUGAUCACAAAGGUUGUGUUUGCAGAUAUUCACGCCCAAGUUGUAAUUGAAAUGUCGCUGUUAAUAGUCAAAAGGUCAAAUGCAUCUUUUGUUGCCUUGGAAAGCUAAAUCUUUCUCUGAGCAUUUUUCAUUCACUGACCAAAGUGCCUUCAUGCUCAAGUGAGUAUGGUGCAGUUCAUAGCAUUUAUUGUGGGUCCUGAAUCAGUGGUUAGAAUUCCACAUUCCUAUGACAGGGAGCCAAUAUAUCCACAGCACAACUACUGUUAACUUUCCACAAAGUGGUACUCCUUUUAUAGACCACAGAGAUGUUGAUGGUGGGUUGAGUUAACGCCCUGUGACCAGGAUUUAAUUUCGCAUGCUUCCAAUCGCGCGUUGAAAUUAAGCAACAGUGUUUUUUUUGUAAAUUUAAAUGAUUUAAUUAAACAAUAUGGGCUCUUUGAGACCUUUUGUUGAAGUGAUUUAAUAAAAUUGCUUAGCUUGGUUUAGCUAUUGUGAUUUUGGGACGAGGUAUGGUGAAUGAUUAGACAAUCCAAUGGUGUUCCGCGAACGAUUUUGUCUGUUGUACCGUGCAAUGAUUAAAACAAUGAAACGAAGACCAACAAACAACAUUGCUGUGCAUAUUUUGAAAAAUAAAUAUCUCCUUGAAUGUU